AUGGGCCCGUUUUGGUAUAACGCUCUCUUUAGACCUCAGAAUCCUGACUAUGCUACUUACUGCACUCGGACCGGCCACGAAAGCGAUCUGCGUCGCAACGCAAUCGCGCGUAGAAAGUCUGUACACGUAAGAAGUGAAUUGGAAACAUCCUACAUUCGGUCAACCAGACAAAGGAUCGCUCUGCUUGUUCAACUGCAACCUCCGUCGGGAGCUCAACUUCAGUUUACUGUUCAUCGGAUGCUGAACUCCAGCGGAUUCACCAUUUGGUGCGCAACUCCAGCUGCCUUCCUAGCGGGUGCAAAGCUCCUGCCGCCUUCCAGGCAGCCUCCUACCCUUCGGAUGCGCUACUCUUGCUACCUACCCGACGGGUGCGCAACUCCUGCUACCUGGCGGGUACGCACCUCCUGCCGCCUGAACAUCGGGUGCACAAGCCUCACUGCCUGGUCAUCGGAUCAUGUUUCCUAUCCUUCGGGUGCGCAACUCCUGCCGCGUGUCUUAUCGGGUGCGCAACUCCUGCCGCGUGUCUUAUCGGGUGCGCCACUCCUGUCGCGUUUCUAUCUAUCGGGGGUGCCACUCCUGCCAUCUAUCGGGUGCGUAACUCCUGCCGCCUGCCCGUCGGGUACAACUCCUGCCGCCUGUCAGUUGGGUACAACUCCUGCCGCCUGUCAGUUGGGUACAACUCCUGCCGCCUGUCAGUUGGGUACAGCUUCUGCCGCCAGACAGUCGGGUGUGACUUCUGGCACCUGCUCAUCGGAUAUGACACCUGCCAUCUGCCCGUCGGGUGCGACUCCUGCUGCCGGCCCUUUGGGUGCGACUCCUGCCGCCUGCCAGUCGGGUGUGCAACUCUUGCCGCCUGCCCGUUGGGUGUGCAACUCCUGCCGCCUGCCCGUCGGGUGUGCAACUCCUGUCGCCUGCCCGUCGGGUGUGCAACUCCUGUCGCCUGCCCGUCGGGUAUGCAACGCCUGUCGCCUGCCCGUCGGGUGUGCAACGCCUGUCGCCUGCCCGUCGGGUGUGCAACUCCUGUCGCCUGCCCGUCGGGUGUGCAACUCCUGUCGCCUGCCCGUCGGGUAUGCAACGCCUGUCGCCUGCCCGUCGGGUGUGCAACGCCUGUCGCCUGCCCGUCGGGUGUGCAACUCCUGUCGCCUGCCCGUCGGGUGUGCAACUCCUGUCGCCUGCCCGUCGGGUGUGCAACUCCUGUCGCCUGCCCGUCGGGUGUGCAACGCCUGUCGCCUGCCCGUCGGGUGUGCAACUCCUGUCGCCUGCCCGUCGGGUGUGCAACUCCUGCCGCCUGCCCGUCGCGUGUGCAACUCCUGCCGCCUGCCCGUCGCGUGUGCAACUCCUGCCGCCUGCCCGUCGGGUGUGCAACUCCUGCCGCCUGCCCGUCGGGUGUGCAACUCCUGCCGCCUGCCCGUCGGGUGUGCAACUCCUGCCGCCUGCCCGUCGGGUGUGCAACUCCUGCCGCCUGCCCGUCGGGUGUGCAACUCCUGCCGCCUGCCCGUCGGGUGUGCAACUCCUGCCGCCUGCCCGUCGGGUGUGCAACUCCUGCCGCCUGCCCGUCGGUUGUGCAACUCCUGCCGCCUGCCCGUCGGGUGUGCAACUCCUGCCGCCUGCCCGUCGGGUGUGCAACUCCUGCCGCCUGCCCGUCGGGUGUGCAACUCCUGCCGCCUGCCCGUCGGGUGUGCAACUCCUGCCGCCUGCCCGUCGGGUGUGCAACUCCUGCCGCCUGCCCGUCGGGUGUGCAACUCCUGCCGCCUGCCCGUCGGGUGUGCAACUCCUGCCGCCUGCCCGUCGGGUGCGCAACUCCUGCCGCCUGCCCGUCGGGUGCGCAACUCCUGCUACCUCCACCAGGGCGCAUCUCCUGCCGCGUUUCUGUCUAUCGGGUCUGCCACUCCUGCCGUCUAUCGGGUGCGUAACUCCUGCGGUCUACCCGUUGGGUGCAAUUCCUUCCGCCUGCCCGUCAGGUGUGCAUCUCCUGCCGCCUGCCCUUCGGGUGCGACUCCUGCCGCCUAUCAGUCGGGUACAGCUUCUGCCGCUAGACAGUCAGGUGUGCAACUCCUCCCGCCUGCCCGUCAGGUGUGCAACUCCUCCCGCCUGCCCGUCAGGUGUGCUACUGCCGCUAGACAAUCGGGUGCGACUCCUGCCGCCUGCCCUUCGGGUGCGACUCCUGCCGCCUGUCCUUCGGGUGCGACUCCUGCCGCCUGCCAGUCGGGAGCGACUCCUGUCGCCUGCCAGUCGGGAGCGACUCCUGUCGCCUGCCUGUCGGGAGCGACUCCUGUCGCCUGCCAGUCGGGUACAACUCCUGCCACCUGCCAGUCGGUUGCAACUCCUGCCGCCUGCCCUUCGGUUACGACUCCUGCCGCCUGCCAGUCGGGAGCGACUCCUGUCGCCUGCCUGUCGGGAGCGACUCCUGUCGCCUGCCUGUCGGGUACAACUCCUGCCACCUGCCAGUCGGUUGCAACUCCUGACGCCUGCCCUUCGGGUGCGACUCCUGCCGCCUGCCAGUCGGUUGCAACUCCUGACGCCUGCCCUUCGGGUACGACUCCUGCCGCCUGCCAGUCGGUUGCAACUCCUGACGCCUGCCCUUCGGGUACGGCUCCUGCCGCCUGCCAGUCGGUUGCAACUCCUGACGCCUGCCCUUCGAGUGCGACUCCUGCCGCCUGCCAGUCGGUUGCAACUCUUGUCGCCUACCAGUCGAGUGCAACUCCUGACGCCUGCCCUUCGGGUACGACUCCUGCCGCCUGCCAGUCGGUUGCAACUCCUGACGCCUGCCCUUCGGGUACGACUCCUGCCGCCUGCCAGUCGGUUGCAACUCCUGACGCCUGCCCUUCGGGUGCGACUCCUGCCGCCUGCCAGUCGGUUGCAACUCCUGACGCCUGCCCUUCGGGUACGGCUCCUGCCGCCUGCCAGUCGGUUGCAACUCCUGACGCCUGCCCUUCGGGUGCGACUCCUGCCGCCUGCCAGUCGGUUGCAACUCCUGACGCCUGCCCUUCGGGUACGGCUCCUGCCGCCUGCCAGUCGGUUGCAACUCCUGACGCCUGCCCUUCGGGUGCGACUCCUGCCGCCUGCCAGUCGGUUGCAACUCUUGUCGCCUACCAGUCGAGUGCAACUCCUGCCGCCUGCCCUUCAGGUGCGACUCCUGCCGCCUGGGUGAUAUUCUUAGCGCACAAGCAUGAAGCCCAACAGAACCAGAAUUUUUCCUUCAGUAUAUUACACGAGCCUUAG